UUGACAAACCUUUGUCAAAUGUAGUUAUAGCGUGUCAUCCACAAUCUUCGUGUUAAAAUAUUUUAAAUGUAUUUUACAAAAUUAAAAGUAUGAAACGACUUAAACAAAUCUAUGACGAAAUCUAAGAUCACCUUGUAUACGUCGCCAACACAAAAGUUAAUAAUCUACAUUGAUCCCGAAAAGCAAGGACAAGAAGCGUGUUUGUGUAAAAUUGUAAAUUCCCAAAAUAAAUUUUCACCAGAAGAGGCACUACAAUCUAUAGAACCUUUACCCUUUUCUGAAGUUACUUCUGAGGAACAGCUAGCAUCUUUUGCUUCUUCUGUAUCAACAGUGGAUGAAUUUAUUCCUCCACCUCAGCUAAUUGAAAGACCUAAACAACUAACUCCACAAGAAUCAAAUUCAGAAGAUUAUAUUUCAAGUACUGAAACGCCUGAAAACGAAUCUUCGCAACAAGUAAACGACAAUGUUGAUGAAAACGAAACAAGCGCAAAAAUGCCUAGCCGUGGAAAAACGCAGAAAAUAAAUUUCAACCUUGAAACACCUGAAAGCUCAGUUUUAUCACUAAAACCGCACAACCGACGUCUUUCCAUAAACUCAACUCACAGCAAAUCAGGAAAUAGAAUCGAAGUCGAUGAAAGUUUCAUCGAAAGUGUUGCUUGCAUCAUUGAAGCGAAUAAUUUGGAAACUCGCAAAGAGAAACUGGACGAACUUUUGAACAAUAUAAGUGGUGUUAAAGUCGGGGAGUUGUCUAAAGCAAAAGACGAAGCAAAAUUGGGUUGUUGGCCUAGCUUUAAAUUUUCCAAAAAGAGAAAAGUUGCUAUAACUCCACGAGAACCAACGCCGCAACGUGUAGCUUCUGUUCCUUAUUUUAAUCGUUCUUUUUACCGCUACUCUCUGAAAUCGAGGAUCGAAGGACUCACUUUUCAGCCCCAUAGAGUGUACAGAUAUGGCGAACAAGGGUCAGGUUUUCAAGCAAAGAAAGGAUCGCAAGAUUUUUACGAAUUACGCGACCAAUGUCUACAAAGAGGCGAAUUAUUUGAAGACCCCGAAUUUCCUCCAACUGAUUCUUCCCUUUUCUAUAGUCACAGACCAGACCGACGUUUCGAAUGGAGACGUCCAGGGGAAAUUGUCGACAAUCCCCAACUAUUCGUGGAGGGUUUUUCACGCUUUGAUGUGCAACAAGGCGAACUGGGCGAUUGUUGGCUACUUGCAGCUGUUGCUAAUUUAACACUUUAUCGCAGGCUUUUUUUCCAAAUUGUUCCAGACGAUCAAGGUUUUGAUGAGAAUUAUGCUGGGAUUUUCCAUUUCAGAUUCUGGCAGUAUGGACGCUGGAUUGAUGUUGUUAUUGAUGAUCGUUUGCCUACAUACAGAGGCGAAUUGGUGUUUUUGCACUCUACUGAAGCCAACGAAUUUUGGAGCGCUUUAUUAGAGAAAGCAUAUGCUAAGUUGCAUGGGUCUUAUGAGGCACUCAAAGGAGGUUCAACUUGUGAAGCUAUGGAAGAUUUUACUGGUGGUGUUACAGAAAUGUACGAAUUGGACGCAGCUCCUCCGAAUUUGUUCAAAAUUAUUUCGAAAGCUUACGAACGGUGGUCUCUGAUGGGUUGUUCCAUUGAGCCUGACCCUGACGUGCUUGAAGCUCAAACCCCCGAAGGUCUAAUUCGAGGUCACGCCUACAGUAUCACAAAAGUGCAAUAUGUUAACAUAACAACCCCUAAUGUUUCUGGAAAAAUACCUUUACUGAGACUUAGAAAUCCAUGGGGUAAUGAAUCAGAAUGGAAUGGGGCUUGGAGUGAUCAUUCUCCCGAAUGGCAUUACAUUUCGGAUUCGGAUAAAGAAGAACUGGGUUUGAAUUUUGAUGCCGAUGGUGAAUUCUGGAUGUCGUUUAAAGAUUUCCAGCAACAUUUCAAUCGAAUAGAAAUCUGUAAUUUGAAUCCAGAUUCACUGGCAGAGGAUGAAUUGACGGAAGGGCGUAAUAAAAAGUGGGUCAUGUCGGUGUUUGAAGGGGAGUGGGUGAGGGGAGUCACUGCAGGCGGUUGUCGCAACUUUUUAGACACCUUUUCUCACAACCCUCAAUAUCGCGUUACCUUGGACGAAGUCGAUGAGGGCGAUGACGACGACAAGUGUACCUUGAUUGUUGCCCUCAUGCAGAAAAAUCGCAGACAAAUGCGUCGCAGUGUUGGACCAGAUUUACUUACUAUUGGAUUUGCAAUUUAUUAUCUUCCCUACCCUGAUAGAGCUCCCAAACCCCUCGACCUCAACUUCUUCAAAUACAACGCUUCCGUAGCUAGAUCACCCAGUUUUAUAAACUUGCGUGAAGUAAGCUGUCGCUUUAAGCUCCCUCGUGGUACCUACUGCAUUGUGCCUUCGACAUUUGACCCCAACGAGGAAGGAGAGUUCCUUCUGCGUGUCUUCUCCGAACAUCAAAACAACAUGGAGGAGAAUGACCAACAAAUAGGAUUAGUUAGUGAGCCGGUGGUUUCCCGAAAAGUGAAAACUAAGACGCAAGCCCAGCCUGAACCAACACUGGAGGAAAAAAAGGAGAACGAUGCUAUUUUUAAGCUAUUUAAAAAUAUUGCGGGAAAAGAUGAAGAAGUCGAUUGGAAAGAGCUGAAAGAAAUUUUAGAUCAUUAUACGAGAAAGGAAGAGCCACCUGUAGCAAAGACUUUGGAGGGAGUCAGGGCUGCCCCUGAAGUAACUCAUCCCAGUUCCGAUCAAAACAACGAAUCUAACGUGUUUACGGCAAUUUUAAGUCUUCUUUGCGGAGCAUUAUGUAAAGAUACUCCAUUUGCCGACGUUCUUCCUCAAGACAUCGCGCUAAAUGAAACGCCUCUUGAAACGCAAAAUAGAGGCUUUUCCAAAGACGUUUGUCGCAGUAUGAUUGCGAUGCUAGAUGUUGACAGAACAGGGAAAUUGAAUUUUGAAGAAUUUAAACGUCUUUGGGAAUCCAUCAGGCAUUGGAAGAGCAUUUUUAAACAACACGAUGUGAACGAAUCUGGCACUUUGACUGGUUUUGAGCUGAGAAAUGCCUUGACUUCGGCUGGUUAUAGUUUAAAUAACCACAUAUUAAAUAUUCUUAUGCAUCGAUAUGGAAAUAAAAGCAACGAAAUUGAGUUUGACGAUUUCAUCAUGUGUGCCGUUAAAUUGAAAAUAAUGAUAGAGUUAUUUAAACAAGUUGCUUCACCUGACGCAGAUGCGGCCACUUUUAACUUAUCCGAUUGGAUCGAAAACACUCUUUACUGCUGAAAUAUUGUUCCAUAACUCGAAUUUUAUAUACAUUUUAAUAAAUAUAAUGCAUAAACACAACUGUUUUAAUAGAUGUGUGGUGGCAUUAUUAUUUAUUUGAAUUACAGGAUUUUUUCAGGAUUGUGACUGUUUUAAAUAUAAACACAUUUUUUAUACAUA